GUACCGGAAGUACCAUUGCUGCUGCUAACUUUGUAGCUACGAGCUAACGGUGUUUCACGUGGCCUGCUGGACAGAUUGGUUUAAUUCAGAGCUGUAUUGAGCUGUAACAGCUCGGUAAAUGUUGAUGAGAUGUGAAGACAGCAGGUAAAAACAGGGGAAGAGGAGAAGUCGGAGGAUUUUAUCAGAGCUAAAGAUGAGGAAGAUGAAAUCAACAUGGAGAUCUGCAUCGAUUCUGUUUACAGUCUGAACGAUGAGCUGCAGACAUCAGUGGUUCCUGAAGGGGGUCAGGUGCUGAUUAAAGAAGAUCCUGAAGAACAGAAGCCUGAUGUGGACCAGCAGGACCAAGAACACCUCCACAUAAAAAAAGAGGAGGAGGAGGAACAACUGUGGAGCAGUCUGGGAGCAGAGCAGCUCAAUGUGAAGGAGGAGACUGAUGCCACCAACUUUACGUUCACUGCAGUUCCUUUGAAGCCUGAGGAUGAUGAAGAUAAACCUCUGUUCUUACAGCUUCAUCAACACCAAGUUGAAGUCAGAGAUCUUCCAGCUCAGGAUUCUGACUCCUCAGAAACUGAAGUCAGUGAGGAUGAUGAAGAGGAUAAUGAUGUGAACAAUCCUGACUCUCAGCUGAAACAUUUUCUAGACUCUGGGUCAAAAUCUGUUAAAGACUGUGAGUCUUCUCCCAGCAGGGUUCCUGAAUCAGGUGUUAAAAACAACAGCAAUGAACAGAAGCUGUUGUGUUGUGAGCUGUGUGGACAAAGGUUUACCAGAAAGAGCAGUUUAAACAAACACAUGAGAAUCCACACAGGACAGAAGCCAUUUUGUUGUGAGCUGUGUGGGCAAAGGUUUACCAUAAAUAACAGUUUAAACAGACACAUGAGAAUCCACACAGGAGAGAAGCUGUUGUGUUGUGAGCUGUGUGGGCGAAGGUUUACCACAAACGGCCAUUUAAAGGAACACAUGAGAAUCCACACAGGACAGAAACCCUUUCGUUGUGAGCUGUGUAAUCGAAGGUUUAUCACAAAGAGUGAUUUAAACAAACACAUGAGAACCCACACAGGACACAAGCCUUUUUGUUGUGAGCUGUGUGGGCGAAGGUUUACCACCAACGGCCAUUUAAAGGAACACAUGAGAAUCCACACAGGACAGAAACCAUAUUCUUGUGAGCUGUGUGGGCGAAAGUUUACUAAAAAGAGUGAUUUACACAGACACAUGAGAAUCCACACACGAGAGAAACCAUUUUGUUGUGAGCUGUGUGGUCAAAGUUUUAUCACAAAGAGCCAUUUAAACACACACAUGAGAAUCCACACAGGACAGAAACCAUAUUGUUGUGAGCUGUGUGGGCGAAAGUUUACCAGAAAGAGCAAUUUAAACUCGCAUGUGAGAAUCCACACAGGACAGAAGGCAUUUCGCUGUGAGCUGUGUGAUCUAAGGUUUAUCACUAAAGUCCAUUUAAACAGACACAUGAGAAUCCACACAGAAGAGAAACCAUUUUGUUGUGAGUUGUGUGCAGUGCCGGAUUUAGGGGAAUAUGGGCCACGGCUUGAGCCAAUAACGGGCCCCUAAUUAUUUAUGGCUUUGCAGUUUCACAUACACGCAUGCACUUACAUACGUAUGUAUGUAUGUGUAGGGGUAACCCUGGUGA